AGUUUUUGAGGUACCUAAAAGCUAUUCAAAUGCUAACGCUGAACACGCCCUUAAUCGAAAACGAGUGCUAUGAUGUGUGGCGUUACAUCUGAAGCAGCCAAGACACAACCAAUACCUUUGAACUUGGAAGUGAAACUCUCAAGGUCGGGCCAGACUUCAUCGUUAUUCCUGAAGCUUGGAAACUUUAAUUAGGGCUUCCAAAAUCUCAAAUUUGGUGCUUGAAUUCUCGCAUUUUGCUGGAAAUGCUACUGCUGAUAAACCCUAACAAAUUCUGAAUAUCCCCUUUUUUUAAAAAAUCAAUGGCGGGUAUACUGAAGCAGCUUCGCAGUUCAUUCACUGUAACGCCGCAUAAAGUUUCAGUGUGUAUUCUUGUUCAAAUCUAUGCAACUCCUGGUCCAUUCUUUCUUCCUGAGAUUUUUUCUUCAGUUUCACAUCACAAUUCCUUCGGUUUGUUUUUGGUUGCUUUGAUUAAGUCUUAUGAUGAUAUAAUGGAGCCAAAGCUAGAUAAACUUCUAUCUCAACUGCGGGAAAUUGGUGGUAUGCUAGACCAGAGAUUAACUCACAGGCUAUCAUCACUGUCAUCACCUGAUGAGCUGUUUAAUUUUUUCACUGAAUUACAAGGCAUCCUGGGGGGUCAAGACUCGAGUGUUAUAGAAGAUGAUCAGAUUAGUCUGGACCCUAGCAGCAACCUUGGAAUGUUUCUGCGUCGGUGUAUACUUACCUUCAAUGAACUAUCCUUUGAGGGAAUAUGUCAUCUGCUGUCAGAUUUAGAAUCAUACUGUAAAGAAGUACUAUCUGGUUCUCCUUCUUUCGAUUUGACCCGAUUAGAUGGCUGUACUGAUGAAUCUGACAGAUUAGUGGAAUAUGAGAAGAUGGACCUGGAUAGUUUUGCUUUUCAGGAAGCUACUGAAAAAGCUGAAACAAGUAAUAGAGCUGGUAAAGGAAUUUCAUUCCAUCUACAUGUGCCAAAAGUCCUUGAUGAGCUGGUUGAAGGUGUUGAGGUUUCUGCGGCCGUGAAACAUAGUGCUAAAGCCAAAGAAUUAAGCCCAUUUAUAGAAACUGAUGCACUGGAUAAAGAUGAUGACAAUGCUGGUAAAUUUUUGCAUUCAAAUUGGCAAGUUUACGGAUACUUGCUACAAAAAGCUGAUGAAAUUGAAAAGCACGGAAGUUCUUUUCCUCUAAAUACUCUAGAAUCUGAUCUGAAGCAACUCCAUAAAUUGGCUCCUGAAUUACAUCGUGUCCAUUUUUUGCGCUAUUUAAACAUGCUGCAUCAUGAUGAUUAUUCUGGUGCUUUGGAGAAUCUCCAUCGUUAUUUUGAUCAUAGUGCAGGGAUGGAAGGUUUUGAUCUUUCUUCAUCUUCCACUGAAAGCAACUGCUUUGGGAAAUAUGAGAUUGCAUUGUUAUGUUGUGGAAUGAUGCAUGUUCACUUUGGCCAUCCUAAAUUAGCUCUAGAAGCUUUAACAGAAGCAGUCCGUGCUUCUCAGCAGCACAGCAAUGAUGCAUGCCUUGCUUAUACAUUGACAGUUAUAUGCAACUUGCUGUCUGAAUUUGGUAUAACAAGUGCUUCAAGGAUACUUGGAUCAUCUUACUCACCUAUGACUAGUAUUGGUUCUUCUCUAACCAUCCAUCAACAGUUAUAUGUUCUAUUAAGAAGAGCUCUUGCUAGAUCAGAAGGUCUAAAGCUGACACCAUUAGUGUCUGCGAACCAUCUAGCAAUGGCAAAAUUUGACCUGAUGCAUGUCCAAAGAUCUAUGCUAUCUUUUGGUCCCAAAGCAUCUGUUAGCCUUAGAACACGUCCAGCUGAUGUUUUUCAGGAACUGAGGCUAAGCUCCCAUGUGGUCAGUGAAUUUAGUAAUGAAGCCUCUGCAAUGUCUCGUGAUGGUGAUUUUGCUACGGCAUGGUUGAAGAACCCACUUAAGCCAAUGGGUCCUCUAAUGAUAAACUCAGAAAUUGGUUCAGGAAGUGAUUGUAGUACAUUUGAGUUUUGUGCUCAACAGAGCUCAAUUCCUAAAUCUGUGCUACAACAACUUGGUUCAUCAUUCUUACUUCGCACCACAGCAUGGGAGAUGUAUGGCAGCAACUCACUUGCCAGGAUAAAUGCCCUAAUUUAUGCCACUUGCUUUGCUGAUGCUUCAAGCUUGGAUAAUCUUGCCUUAGCCUGUGUGAAGCUUGUCCAACAACUUGCUGCUUAUAAAGGCUACAGGGAAGCAUAUGUUGCAUUCGGAAUAGUUGAGAAGAAGUUCCAUGUCAUUUCAAAAUCAAGAGUCUUGCUAUUGAAGCUUCAGCUUCUCCAUGAACAUGCCUUGCAUAGAGGACAUUUGAAUCUUGCUCAGCAAGUAUGUGAUGAACUUGGUGCAUUGGCUUCCCCUGUGAUUGGUGUUGAUGUAGAUAUUAAGACUGAAGCAAGCCUUCGCCGAGCUCGAACAUUGUUAGCAGCAAACCAGUUUAGCCAGGCAGCACAGGUUGCACAAUCUCUUUUUUGCACUUGCUACAAGUUCAAUUUGCAAGUUGAAAAUGCAACAGUUCUGCUGUUGCUUGCUGAAAUCCACAAGAAAUCAGGAAAUGCUACCCUAGGCCUUCCGUAUGCAUUGGCUUGUAUACUGUUUUGUCAGUCUUUUAACUUGGACCUUCUGAAAGCAUCUGCGACCCUCACACUGGCUGAGUUAUGGCUCUCCUUUGGACCAACUGAAGCACAUAGAGCACUGUCACUCCUUCAUGGAAUUUUCCCGAUGAUUCUUGGCCAUGGAGGUUUGGAGCUCCGUGCACGGGCACAUAUUAUUGAAGCUAAAUGUCAUCUCUCUGAUGCAAAUUAUUCAGUGAGUCAAACACCAGAGGCAGUGCUCAACCCUUUGAAGGAAGCCUGUGAAGAGCUUGAACUUUUGGAGUACCAUGAGUUGGCUGCGGAGGCUUACUAUCUUAUGGCUAUGGUAUAUGACAAAUUAGGCUCCUUACAAGAGAGGGAGAUAGCCGCAGCCUCCUUCAAGGAUCACACUACUGCUUCAAAAAAUCCUCAAGAUUCCGAUGAUGACACUUUAAACAGUAUGUAGACAAAGUACAAACGCUAUUUUUGUAAGUAAGAGUUGACCUCUUCUAUCUUGUAGAUGUUGGGUUCAAGGAUUUAGCUCAGGGCCAAAUGCUGGCCACGCCUUUUCUCUUAUGGGAAGGACAAGCCAAGGCAUACCAACCACCCUAUCUCCAAUGAGGAAGACAACACAUGACAGUCGACAAAUGCCUGCGCGAUAAUGUACAAAACUAGUUGUAUCUUUAUUUGAGUAUAUUGCAGAAGCAAUUCUAAGUCUUCUAACCAUCUUCACAAUUUACAGUAGGCUUCUGGGCGGUUCUGCUAGAAAUGGGAAGCUUAGAGAUUUUUGUAGUUAGCUUUGUGAAGAUCCUUCUAUUGUGAUGUAUACAGUAUGUUCAAUGUUCAGUAAAGAUGUAAUAUCCCGAUAUGUCGUUGCAGAAA